AUGGUGCAAAUUACUAAAUUUUGCAAUGAAUUAAAGCGUGCAAAUGUUAUUACUGAAUGUGGUGCUUUUCAUAUGAAAAUUAAUGAUCGAAUCAUCAAAACAAAGAAGUCUUCCGCUAUUUGUUUUUCAGAUUUAAUCAAAGAAAAGUAUUUCAUUGAUAAAUCAAUAACAUCGAUGGAAACACAUCUCGAUAUCAUAUGUCAAGAUUCAAUUGAUAUCGUUUUAAACUUUAUUGAAACAGGCAAACUUGAGUUUUCUGGAGACGAGUCUCAUCUUCAUGACAUAUUUGAAAUUGGCAAAUAUUUUGGAAAUCAACUUCUAACACAAAUAUAUUGUGAACAUGUUAAAUCAGACGAAUCUCUUACGAACGAAAACGUUUUUAAAAAGUACGAAAUUUUUGCUUUCGAAAAUGAUUCCACGGCAAUGAACGAAUGCAUUGAGUACAUUUCUUCACACUUUUAUUGUUUGAAUGAAGAAGAAAUCAUUAGAAAUUUUGUCAAGAAUGGAUUUGAAUUUUGUGAAAAAAUAUUGACAUCAAAACAACUCAAAAUUGAAAAUGAAGACAAACUCAGUUUCAUCCUUUUAGAAAUAUGCAAGAUGAAUAGAUCAUUAUUUGAUUUAUUUGGAUAUGUCAAAUUACAAUUUUGUUCAUCCAAAUUUUUUGAUGAAAUUUAUAAUUUUUCAGUUGAAAACUCGUUUGAAUCCAACUUAUUAACUAUUUAUAAUGAAACAUUGAAGAAUUAUCAUUCAAAUAUAAGAGAUCAUAUUGAAAUAUCCAAUAAAUCUCUCAUAUCUUUCGAAAAACAUUUAACUCAAAAUAAACUGAAAGUAUCAGAUCAAUCUAUAAGUUUUGAGUAUGCACCAAUAAUUGUAGAAAGAAAAAUUGUAGAAAAAGUUUCUAAAGAAAUUCAAAUGGAAAUGACAGCUUCAUCUGUUAAUGAUCGAAGUUUUUUUGAUAUAAAUUCUUAUUCAGAUGAUAAUAAUGAUUUUUUUACAAAUAAUGUACCUAAUUCAUGGUUAAAAGCUGAACUAAAAGGAUAUCAAUUAAAACCAAAUUCAUAUUUUAUACGAUCUACAUACUAUACUUCUAAUUUGUUGAGAAAUUGGAAACUAGAAGGAAUCAAAGAAGAUGGAACAUCAGUUGUAUUAGAAAAUAAUUAUUAUAAUUUUUCAAAGAAAGAAAUCAAGGAAUUUCCUCUUCAAACUAAUUAUUAUUUUGUUGCUUUCAAAAUAACUCAAACUGGAAAGAAUGCAUAUGAUGAUGACUAUUUUCUGAUUAAUGUUUUUGACUUCAAAGGUGAAUUAAUAAAGAUAUAA